AUGGUCGAGGAGAUGAUCUGCAAUCUAGAGGCAGCGCGCAUCACCACGUUGCCAGCUGAAUCAUUCUACAUAUCUGACUUCAUCUCUGAGGACGAAGAAGCCUGGCUCUUGCAGAAGGUAGCAUCGGCGCCUCUGCCGCGCUGGACAAAGUUGUCACAUCGCAGACUCCAGACAUGGCCCUCCUCGCUCAUGAAGAACAACACACUGCUUGAUUCUCCAUUACCGAGCUGGUUGGUCUCCCCUGUGAUCGAACCGCGAUUGCGAAGUCUUGGGAUUUUCAACGAUGCGCCACAUGGUGCACCAAAUCACGUACUCGUAAACGAGUAUCAUCCUGGUCAGGGAAUCAUGCCACAUGAAGACGGGGCUGCGUACUAUCCAGUGGUAGCAACUGUGAGCCUCGGUGCCCCCAUCGUGCUCGAUGUGUACACGAAAAGCAGUCGAGACGACGAGAAAGUCGAUAGAGAUACAAAUCGUAUUCAAAAGCCGCAAUACCGGAUUCUACAAGAGAGACGAAGUCUGCUGAUUAUAGGGGCUGAUCUCUACACGAAAUAUCUCCAUGGCAUCGCUGAAACGACCAUGGACGAAGACCUGAGCACAGAUACGAUCUGUAACUGGGAUCUUCUGCGCGAGAAGGAGUUGUACCGUGCUGGCUGGUAUAAGCGAGAAACACGGACGAGUCUCACAUACAGAGAUGUCCUAAAAGUCGCGAAGAUGGGAAAUUCCCUCAAGUUCCUUGGUGGACGAUGA